CUUCUUCUCUCCCCUCCUCCACCUUUCCCCUCCCAUCUGUCAUUAGCUGUAUAUAAGAGCAUUGCAUCCCUCUCUACCUCUCUCACACACAUACAGUGUGUUUGCUGGGAAGGGGAUAGUACAUGGGAAACUAGGGAUUACAUUGUCUACCUGCCUGUGAAGGACUUAUUUUCCUCUCUGGAAUUUCCACUAAAGAGAUCUGGGAACAACAUCGUAAAGGGAAUCCUUGCCAAAUUCCUACCUAUCAUCAAGACACACUGACAUCAUCGUUGUCACCUGAUCUGCAACAUAUUUUCCUGCCGUCAAUAUCAUCACUUGUCAGUGAUAUCAACGCAUUUGACAUCAUCCGAGCAGACCAUGAGCAGCAACUACAGCGUCACUCUCUUAGGCCCCGCCCCCUGGGGCUUCAGGCUGCAGGGAGGGAAGGACUUCAGCAUGCCCCUCACCAUCUCCAGGCUGACGGAUGGUGGGAAGGCGGCUAAAGGGGGCAUUGGUAUUGGAGACAUGGUUCUGUCUAUUGAUGGCAUCGCCACGGAGGGCAUGAAUCACCUGGAGGCCCAGAACAAGAUCAAGAGCUGCAGUGGAAACCUCAGCCUCAAACUGCAGAAGGUCUCCAGUGGUUCGAAACCUCCUCCUGUGGCACCAAAGGACGAAAGAUCAGACAUCAUAAAACCAGUUGCCCUCACCCAUCCCCCUCCACCCAUUCCCUACCCGCACUCCUCCAGCCCCUCAGCCGCCCACCACAACAAGGCCCCCAGACCCUUUGGGGGCUGCGGGACAGAGAGUGAAUACCCUCCUUCACAAUCCCCUUACUCACCCUUCAUCCCAUCCCCAUCCUCUGCCUUCACUCCUGCCUCCUCCUACACCAUCCCCCCUCCUCCACCUCCUGUCUCUUACCCAUCCUCUUCCUCCUCCUCCCCCCCUGGCCUUGUUGCGCCCCAGCCAUCAGUGUAUAACACACCAAUCCACCUCUACUCCACUGAGAACGCAUGUGAGGUGGCAAUGGGGCAGAGGCGGGGCCUGUUGGAGAGUCAGGGCGGAGCCUUGCCUUUGGAGUUUAAUGGAGUCCCCAGGAAACAUAUUGUGGACACAGACAUCCAUUUCUAUCAUGUGCCCACUCAUGCUGAUGCCAGCAGGAAGCGCAUGACCGAGGACACAGAGGACUGGCGCCCACGCUCCGGCACCACCCAGUCCAGGUCUUUCAGGAUUCUGGCUCAGAUCACCGGAACCGAGCGUGCUCAAGACGAGGAAGCUGAGGCAGCCAAGACAAACAAAUCAAACAAGACCACCACUCGAAUGUUGAUUGGUCCUAAGUACAACGAGCUGAGAGACUGGCAUCACGGAGUGUCUGCUCGCACCCUCAAUGUCCAGUAGACUGUGUGUGUGUGUGUGUGUGUGUGUGUGUGUGAUUGUGUGUAUGUGUGAAUUAUAUCAGUUUUACUUCUGUGGGUGGUUUUCUGAUGAAUUAGACUGCUUAAGGGAUAACAUAAUGGAAAUAAAUUAAAUAAAUGUGGAGAUACUGUUCAAAGAAACUAUUGGGUGUUUCUGUGUGUGUGUGUGUGUGUGUGUGUGUGUGUGUGUGUGUGUGUGUGUGUGUGUGUGUGUGUGUGUGUGUGUUUGUGCACGUGUGCUUGGGCUUGUCCUUGACCAUUACCUUUUGAGUCAGCCUCAUUCAGACUUUUAAAUUGAGCGUUACUGAUACGUGUCUGGCCACUGGCCAAUCUACUGAACCUAAAGGUAAACUUUAGGAGCAUUAAAACUAACUUUUAUUUGUUUUAUUCAUUGUACUUGAAUUUGGGUUUGAUUAAAGCAUUUUUAUGCUCCUUUCGGUGAGCAUGGUAGUGAUUUGGUAAAAAAAAAUAGCUUUCUGCAUUCUGGGUCUUUCACAUUUUUCAAUGGCAGAUUUUCAUUAAGAAAACAUACAGAACUUUUAAUCCCAUUUAUUACAGAUGUGUGACAUUAUUAAAGUUGUUCCUACCACUGUAUGUAUAAGUCACUCAAUGGGGAGGUGUGUGGUUUGGACAAAGGACACAUUUCUCACAUCGGAAAAUAGUAAAUCUGGCUUGUGUGCACUCUCACACGGUAGUGUAUGUUUUUCACGUAUUUUGGAAGUUUGUUAAGAUAUAUUAUCUGGAAGAUUCGUCAAAGCUAUUCAAUAGCUUUAAUGGUUUGUUUACUGCAUUGGAACUAACUGAUAAAACCUGUAUCUUGAAAUAUGGUGGCAGCUGAGUAAUGGAAAAAGAGAUUUAAACUUACAAUGUUUGUACAGUUUAUAUAAAGCAAUAGUUAAAAGGCCAUUCUCCUUGGAUGUAAGCAGCUCUACAGAUAGGUGCUGUAUGAUAAGAGGUACUGUAUAUGCAAGUCAGAAUGGCUCUUUUCAAUGAGCAGGUUGUUCGGAUAAGAUGUUUUUCAAAGUGACUGUACAAAUGCUAAAAAUGGAUUAUAAUGCUAAGGUUUUAUUUUGAGACCUUUUCUAUAUAUAAUAUUUCUCCAGUGCCUUUACAUAUAUUUCAUCCCUAUGUUUACUACAGAAUGCUCCCUUUAAAGCCCCGAGACAAAAGUGUAAGUUGUGAUAUUGGGCUAUAUAAAUAAAAAAUGAUUGAUUGACUUUAA